UUUAGACCACUUUAGCAAGUGGUUGGGGACUGAUGAAAGGCGAGCACAUGCAGUCCAGCACCACUGACCUAAGGACACGCUACCUCAAAUUCCUGAUUGCUUUCUCUCCACCUACCAAAGAGAGGUUUAAAAAGGAGUCUGCAGAAACUCCAGAAAGCUUUUUACACUUGGAUGCAGCUAGGGAAAGACCUCCUAUAAGAGAAUACUAAAAAACACUGAGAAUCCAUCGCUUAUCUUUUGAGCAAAGAAUAAUGAAGAUGCUACAUGUGGAUUUACUCAUUAUAGGUUUCUGCUUUGGGCUGGGAUCCCAAUACGGUGUUUUUGGCAAGAGACAGUAUCAGAUCCAAAACGGCCCGUGUAGCUACACUUUUCUGCUGCCUGAGCAAGAAAACUGCCAAAGCACCUACAACUACCCGGAUCAGAAGGAUGGACCUAUGGACGAUGAGUCGGUUCAGAGACUGGAACAACUGGAGAUGGGAAUGGAGAACAACACGCAGUGGCUGCUUAAGUUGGAGAACCACAUACAGGACAGCCUGAAGCGGGACAUGCUUCAGCUCCAGCAGACAGCCGUACACAACCACACGGCCACGAUGAUUGAAAUUGGGGCAAACCUGCUGAGUCAAACUGCUGAGCAAACAAGGAAGCUCACUAAUGUGGAAGCACAGGUAAUCCAUCAUACAACUCGACUUGAGCGCCGGCUUCUUGAAAACUCCCUGUCGACCAACAAGUUGGAAAAACAACUCAUUGUCCAGACAAAUGAAAUCAACAAACUGAAUGAUAAAAACAGCCUACUAGAGAAAAAAGUGCUUGAGAUCGAGCAGCAGAGGCAGGUGGAGCUCAAAACACUUAAAGAAGAAAAGGAGCAGCUUCAGUCCUUAAUACUGAGGCAGACGGCCAUCAUCGGGGAACUGGAGCAGCAGCUGCUCAAAGUCUCCUCCAACAACUCUGUGUUACACCACCAACAGCAGGAGUUAUUGGACACAGUGAACAGCCUCAUACAAACAUUAUCUACUGGUUCUGUUCGAGAGCCCAAAAUUGCCAUGAUGCAAGAUACUCCGACCACAUACAUGGACUGUGCUGCUAUCUACAAGUCAGGAAACAUCAAAAGUGGCGUCUACACUCUCACAAUCCCCAACACCACCACAGAGGUUAAGGCUUUCUGUGACAUGGAGACAGAAGGAGGCGGCUGGACGGUACUACAAAAACGCUUCGAGGGCCGUGUUGACUUUCACCGUACGUGGCAGGAGUACAAAAAGGGAUUUGGAGAACCUGCAGGUGAAUACUGGCUGGGAAAUGAAUUUGUCUCUACACUGACAAAUCAACAAACCUACAAGCUAAGGAUCCAGCUGAGCGACUGGGAAGGAAACGCUGCUUUCUCUCAAUAUGAUCAAUUCUCUCUUGACGGCGAAGCACAAAAUUACAGGAUACACCUUAAAGGCUACAGUGGAACAGCAGGCAAAAUAAGCAGCAUUGGGCAGCCAGGAAGUGAUUUUAGUACAAAGGAUGCAGACAAUGACAAAUGUGUUUGCAAGUGUUCACAACUGACAACAGGAGGCUGGUGGUUCGAUGCCUGCGGCCCAUCCAAUUUGAACGGGAUGUAUUACCAGAAUGGCCAGAACUCCAACCGCUUCAAUGGAAUCAAAUGGUACUACUGGAAAGGCUCGGGAUACUCGCUGAAGUCAACUACCAUGAUGAUCAGACCGACAGACUUCUCAGCCUUGCUUUGAGCCCACGUUCAUUAAGGGAAGCGAGACAGAUAAGCUGCCCAGAAAACACCUGUACCAAAAAUCAAGGUUCCAGAGGAAGCCAAAGCACUUCAUAAAUGUGUUUCUGAUUAAAUUUGUCCUUAUUUAUGUCUUUAUAGGUUUGAUCUCAAGGGUUUGUGCACAUAGAAAUGCAGAUAUACCUUAGGCCUAGCAGUUAUAUUCUAUUGAGAGGAAACGAGAAGCCAGCGUAAAAGUGAGAAACAUAAAUAUAUAAGUUAUCCUUUAGCACAAUUUAAGUAUUUGCCCAACUGUGAUUAGAAUAUCAGCUGAUGAAAUUGUAUAGACCAUGGUACAAGACGCAGAUUAAUAACUGGCUCAAAGGUUUUUCUUUUAUGCAUUACAGAUGUUUUUACACAUUAAAUGUUAAAUCCACAAGAAUGUUUUUCUACAGAUCCAUUGUUGUUUUUAACAGAAUGUAUGUACAUUUGUUGUUUAAUUUAUAUGUCCAUAUUAGGGAUGGUAUUUAAGUCUAUUACAUAUUAAACUAAGUGUUAGAGUUUGAGUUUAUUUUUUUUGACUAUGUCUAUGCAAACAAACUCAAGCAAAUGUAUUUUAAUAUAUUCUGCCAUAGCUCCAGACAUUUCCAUACAUGACAAUGCUUUUGCAUUAGAACGGUAUUUUGUGAAUUAUUUUUGUCUUGAAGGAGCUGAAAUUGUGAUAAAGAUGGCAAGUGUAGUUUAUUUUCAUUAAUUAGUUUUAGAAGCCUUUUCAUUACUUAAGCUGAACACCGUGAACUAGACCAGACUUAAGCUUGCUUUGUGUUAGCCGACACACAGACCAAGUUCAUAACUCUAAACUGCUUCACACUUCUGGAAAAUUGUCUAAGUUGUCAAGUGAAAUAUUUUCUUGGUUUUCUCAAGUGCAACAUACACAAUAAACUUAAAUUGAUCGAAA